GCUGAUAUUGAUAGCUCGUUGAUCCCGCUUCUCGAUUGAUCUCGAGAGGAGCGUCGAAGCUGUUCUCUUCGAUGUUUAGGAAGCGACUCACGACUCCACCGGCGGCCCCAGAGGAAGAUCAUCAAUCCAGACAAGAUGUCUCCCACAUUGCUGACACCAUACCUUCAUCUGAAAUUGAUAGUGGCGAGAGUCCAUCUGAAGUACAGAAUGACAAGAGCCCAUCUCAAAUACAGAAUAACGCGUGUCCAUCUCAAAUACAGAAUGGCAGCAGGGACGGAGAAAACAGGACUAAUAGUUCUGGCAGUAGUGGAAUUGCUGAACUUGAACAAUUAUUGGAGCAGAAAACUUUUACCAGGGUCGAAUAUGACCGGUUGGUGGAACUACUGCAUUCGAGAACUGUUGAAGCUUCGAAUUCGGAGCGUGAAAUUAACUAUGAGAGAAAAGAAAAAGCAAGUGUUUCAGCACAAAAAGAUGGAAUUGUGAGCUCAAGAAUUAGUAUUCCUAAAGAUGAAGCUGCUUCACCUGCAGAACUUGCAAAAGCAUACAUGGAUUCACGGCCUUUAAAAACUUCUUCAGUUGGAAGCCAGGUAUUUCAGGAAGAUUCCAAUUUGCCAAGAGUACCAUCUACAUCAAAACGAUUGGACCUUUCAGUUGCACCACGAUCUGUUAUAUGCUUUUCUGGAAUUCCUGAACAACCUGAGCAUGGUUAUCGGAUAGCAAAGCCUCCUGGGAGAUCUGCAAUAUAUAGAAUGUCCAGAUCUCCAUAUUUUAAGGCUGGAGACCUUUCCAGGGAUGGCUAUUCUAGUCUAUCAUCAUCUCAGUGGACGCCAAGUUCUAUGAAGUCAGGAGGAAAACAGGUUCUGAAACGGGGUAGCUCUGCCUUAGAUGGUGAUCUUGGAUCCUUUGGCCCCAUCCGUAGGAUCCGUCAGAAAUCAAAUUUGAUGUCUCCUUUGAAAGGACCACGCUUGACACUUUCUGAACAUUUUCUUUCUAGUCCUUCAACUCCUCUUUUUAAAAAUGUUUCUGAAGGCUCUAUGUCGAUACAAAGACCUCUCGUGGUGAAUGAUCAAAAGUCUGACGGUACAGGUUUGAAGGCUGUGGAAAAUGGAAUUUCUAGGCCUACUAUGCUUUCAUCGCAGUCAAGUGAAACAGCAAAGAAAUUGUUCCAACAGCUUGAUAAACUAGUACCUUCACCAAAAGAGAAAUCCUCUGAACCGAAAAUUAUUGCUCAGUCUGAAUCCCCUUCUAAGGUGACGCUUGACGUUCUGCAUGGAAGCGCUCUAAGCAAGAUGGAGAAUUUAAUUUCUUCAAAAUCAUUUACUGCUGCUCAUCAACCAAACGCUGGAAGCUCUCUCUCUCAGAAGCUAGAUUUGGUCACAGAAAAUGGUCCAUUGAAGUCUGUUUGCUUAGGAGGGAAGUCGUCAUCUGAAGCUCAUGGUGUAAGCAAGCCCUCUAAAGGUGGCCAUGAGGGUUUGAUAUCUGAAAGUAUCACUGUUGCAACUUCUGUUGAAGUUCCUGUACCUAAAAAACCAUCUUUCCAGAUGAGUGCUCCUGAGGAGUCACUGGAACUGGAUGACGAUGACUACAAGAGAAAGAAGUUUAACAGUCCAUUAACAACAGGGAAUGAUGAUGCUGACACAAAGAUGUCCAAGCAGAUUAAUGUCAUUUCUGAAACAGCAUUCUCUGGCAAUCCUAUUAAAACUUCGUCCCAGAGCAUGCCCGUUUCAACUUCCAUGCCAUCAUCCCGGAAGGCUGACAAGAAGGCUCUCCAGCCGGUUGUUACUGAAAAGAACAAUGGCUUUGCAUUUCCCAUUGUAUCCGAUCCCUGCUCUCAGUUUCAGCCACCUCCGACACCUACUAUGCCAACCCCGCUGCUAGACAGGCCAGAUGUCCCAAAAGAACAGACAUCUCCUAUAUUUAGCUUUGAAUCCAAGGAUGCCAAUUCAUCCACAAUUUCCUCAACCGAUGUUGGUGUUAAUGGUAGUGUGGGAAUAAAAGUUGGUGAAGGAUCAAGAUCAGAACUGAAAUUAAGCACCAGCAGUGCCCCUACAACUUGUGCAGAAAUUUCUCCCCUAGAUAAAAACGAAAAGGAAAAUGUUGGAUCUUUAUCCAAAUCAUAUGGAAAUAUUGUUUCUUCUGGGUUAUCAGCACUGCCUAAGCCUUCUGUAUUUGGCCUUGGUACAUCGUCUUCUCCUAACCUAAAUAAUGGCUCGCUACAUUCAUCUUUGACAACAUCUCCAGUUUCUUCUGAGAGUCUUUCGAGCUCAAUUUUUGUUAACAGUACUGGCGCCACAUCUAACUCCAGCAGCUCAUUUGCAUCAUCAACAGCACCUACAUCUACUACUAUCAAUUCAUUCCAGAUCGGCUCUGGUGGAGAUUUCUUGACAAGUGCUCCUUUUUCUUUUUCUCAGCCAUUAGAUAAACCUAAUUCAUCUACUUUGGGAGCAAACUCUUUGAAGGGCUCACAAUUUGGCAUAUCUAGUUCCAUGUCUCAUGGAACAUCUACUGUGUUUGCUAGCACCGGAAGCAGUUCUUCUCAUGUUUCAACACCGAUUUCAAUUUUCAGUAGUGGCGGUUCUUCUUCAGCAUUGUCAACAUCAGCCAUGAGUAAUAGUUCUUUUGCAGCCUCCUCUUUAUUUUCAAGCAUGCCCGGAAUCAGCUCCCCUAUUGCAGUAUCAUCUGCAUUUCCAAGUACAAUAAGCAAUACUUUUGGGUUUAAUGCUUCAACGCAAUCUACUAUUUCGGGCCUGUCAUUUGCUAAUAGUUCUUCCCAAAUACCUGUUGCUACUGUUUUUGGUGCCACUGGUGGAUCUACCAGUUCAAGUCCAUUGUUUGGCAAUAUUUCUUCUCAGAACUCUGUUGCCAGUACGGUCAGUGCUACAGAAGGAUCAGUAUUUGGUACUCAGUCAACUCAAAGCCCACAAAGUUCAAUCAGUCAGUUUGGUUCAUUUUCUUCAUCCCCUUCAUUCAGUUUGGGGAAGUCUUCCUCGAGUUCAGGUUUUGGUAUUUCAUCACUUACACCUGCAAAUCAUUCAAGUUCUGGAGUUUCCUUCUCUUCUGGGUUUGGAUCUUCCACUGCUAACAGUAGCUCUUCCUUUGCAGCCGCCGCUACCCCUAGUCUUUUUAGUUCCAGUUCGCAGGCAUCCACCCCAUCAGUUUUUGUUUCAACUUCUAAUUCUAAUACUUCUUCAUCGACGGGAUUCUCGUUUGGAUUAUCAGCUUCUGCUUCAAGCACUUCACCUUUUACCUUUGGUCCAUCAUCAGGUUCGGGGUUUUCAUUCACUUCAGCUAGCACUACAACUGCAUCAAACCCUUCCUCAGUUCCCACUUUUCGAGAAGUACCAAAUCCCGCUACCGGAUUUGGUUCAAGUUCUCCUGGAAAUGAUCAGAUGAAUGAGGAUAGCAUGACUGAUGAUACAACUCAGGCUGCAACUCUCUUUGUCCCAUCAUUUGGGCAACCAACAAAUCCAUCACCUUCACAACCUUUUGUGUUUGGUUCUCCGGCAGUUCAACCAGGGGCUCCAUCACCCUUCCAGUUUGGUGGCCAGCAAAGUCCUCUUCCUCAAAAUCCAUCCCCAUUUCAACCAACAGGUAGUGUGGAGUUUAAUGCUGGAGGGAGCUUCUCUUUGGGUGGUGGAGGUGGCGACAAAUCUGGCAGAAGGUUCGUGAAAGUUAAACGUGAUAAGCGCAGGAAGUAAAAAUAUAAAUUUUUCCAUGCAAAACUUGCAGUAGUUGGGACUUUGUUGGCGAUCUUUUCAUGGCUACGUACUUUGAACGAAAGAGGUAGAGCUUCUUUCAUUGAAGAGACAAGUUAUCUUCGUUACACACAGAUCUGGGUUCGAAAUCCAGUGUUUUUUCUUUGCCAUUUCAAACCCUCCUUGUACUUUCUUUUUUCUUUCUUGCAAUUUUGUUUGAGAUGUAGUGAGUACCUACCAAUAUAUGCCUUGUGCUACAAUCAAGGGACUGGCACUUAUGUGCUGGUGGUUGUAUAUUUUUUUUUCUUGUAACAUAGAAAGCAACAGUAUAUAUAUCCCUUUGUAAUCUGUUACCUUUUUGUUGUGCAUGCUUUUGACGCGCACUGUUUUUUAUCAAGGUUUUUACCCC